AUGGCUGGUCCAGAGUCAGAAAGCAGCCUCUCUGGAGACACUGAGGCACCAGAGGACCAAAGCAAUGGGGAUGGUUCUCAUCAGUCCUGGUUUAUCGAGAUUGGAAAAGCUAAAAAGGCCAAAAGGGCGGCUCUGAUCCAGAGCGUCGAGAGACUGUGUGCCUCACAAACAGCCCGCAGCAAAGCUGUCCUGGACAGACUGCAGGACACCUUCCCUACACCUCAGCUUCCAGCAAGCCUCUCACCACUCCCCGAAUCGUCACCGAGAGGAAAGAAGGUCAAGCACGCUUCGAAUGUGAAGGACAAAAGUAGCCAGACACAGGACACCAAGCAGAUAUGUAAUGAGGAGGAUUGCGUGUUUCAGAAGAAGCAACUUCCAGGUGGUCAGGCGGCGGCACAGGGUGGUCCAUUGCCCAACAUUUCAGGUGAAUGCGGAGACAUGGGGGAAACCCUGAGCCCUGUAGACGCACACACACCCAGAGAGAUGAGGUUUUCCACCGAUCUGAGGAGCUGGCCCAGCUCAACCCUCACCCCAGCUCCUCACCCGGGACCUAAACCCAGGAGACAGUCUCGACUCCCGGUGAUAAUAGGCAGAGCAGACAAAGAAGCGCCUGGAUGCAGACUUCAGUCAGCUACAGCUGAAAAGGAGCCGUUACCACAAAGACUGCAGCGCCACGUUGACCGCACUGGCUCACCUCAGCCGCUGACCUCUUCGAAGAAGAUGGCCAUCGUCGCAGCACAACCUGCGGAGUUCGUCCCAACUGACAGAACAGGACCUCUCCAUGAGAAAACUCUCAGUCCUCCAAAGUUCGACUCCAUGGCAGGAAAGACUAGAUUCCCACCCCUGACCGACACGUCAGAGAGCGCGCCCCCCUGGCUCAGACAACUCAGCUCCCACAACUGGGAAAAGAAAAUGGAUGGGAUGAAAUGUGUCGCAGAUCUGGCACAGCACCAUCCAGAGCAACUGAAGACCAAACUGCACGAAGUCUGCCGAGUCUUGAUAGAGGAGGUUAAAAACCAGCGUCCUUCUUUAGCCGGCGCUGUUAUUGACACCAUAGCAGAGCUCCACACUCAGCUGGGAAAGUCAAUGGACCCCGAGGCAGAAAGGACCAGUGACGCUCUGCUGCUGAAGCUGGCACAGACCAACAACGAGUUUGUUCACCAGAGAGCUAAUCUGGCCCUGGACGCACUGGUGAAGGGCUGCAGUCCUGCUAAGGUCCUGAAUGUUCUGCUCAGCACAGGCCUGAGUCAUCACUGUGCUGCAGUGAGAGAAAGCGCGGCGCAGCACAUUCACCAGCUGAAAAACGUCACCGGAGAGGAUUACAUCCUGAAAGCAGGAAGGAGGUUUUCAGGAGGUUUCCUUAUUGCGGUCAGCAAGAUGUGUGUGGAUUCUAAUCCUGGCGUCAGGAAUCAUGGACAGGAAAUGCUGUGGGAAUUUGCUCAGCACGCAGAGUUUAUGGUCCAGUGGCAGAAGGCUGUCCCCGCUAAGGCCAGGGCUCAACUGGUCAAACUUUUGAAGAGGAUGAGACGGCAAAAGGCUCAAUGGACAAGAACUGAGGUAGAGAUUUGUCCAGCAGAUGGCCCUGUUGAGCAAGGCUGAUCCUGCAAAAAGAAGAUGGCUCCCUUGGGAAAGAAAUGUCUGUCGUUUAGUUGUACAAGACUGUUCCAGGGACAGACAAGGGACAAAUUAAAAAUAAUAAGACAGUGACAGUGGAAGAUGAUUUUCUGUAACCAACUAGUCAUUAAACCAACUGAACAAAUGAUCAAAGAAAAAGUUUCCAUU